UCUUCUUCUUCUCCCCAAUAUCACAUGUCUCUCUUCGUCCCCCUCCCAACCCAAAAAAGAAAGAAACAAACAACCCCUCGCAAAAGAUCAACCUGCUACUACCGACAGACCCCUCUCCCUACUACCGACAUACAUACAUACCCAGAUCCUCGUGCCUGGAAUAUCUCACCCGGAUUAAUUUACCAGGAUGCAAGGAAGAAGGUCUAGCUAGGUAGGUUCCAAGUCUAGAUUCUAGGUAGGUCGAGCCCCCCUCCGUCUCCCCCGGGGUGUUGCGAUGGCAUGUGAAUAUGAUGGAGUGGCAUGAGGCGCGGGUCACGGUUCGUGAUGUCUCACGUCUCCCAUAUCGCCUUCAGAUCACGAGCUUGGGUUUCGGGGGAUACUGCUGUACCUUCCUGGUCACGGUUGAUAUUGGGGGUCUGGUGGUGGAAUUAUUACUUUGUAUAUCGUAUUCAUUACUCAAUUCUGCAAUCGGCGUCACACGCACGCACACACAUACACUCGCGCUCCAUCAAAGCGCCUCCCCCCUUGCUGUGCUGCUGCGGCUUCUGCCCACCCUAUCAAAGAAUCAAAAAAUCAAAAAAUCACAAUCAGAACUCCUGGAUUCUCCCCGGCCCAUCCUAUCCGCCUUCCCAUACAUCCCGCCUGUAGAAAACCUCCCGUCUAUAAUUGCGAAAAAAGAGUCCUCCUUUCCUCCCAACCCACAACCCGAGAUAGAUAGGUAGAUAGUGUCGUUUGCUCGUGCGUUACAUGGCCAUGAAAGGAAGCGUUCGACGCAGUAAGGCGAAGGAGGAGAUGCUCGUGAGUAUGAUCCUCUGCUUCCCUGAAG